AUGGUAAUCAGAGGGCAGAACACAGCAACCAAUACCUCUGCUGCUGCUCCCAACAGUUCAGCUUCUACUAAUUCCAACGUAUCAUCCAAUAACUCAACCUCGAAUACUAACCCCACACAGAACACGAGGCCAGGAGGAGCUGCGGGUCUGGGAAGCGCCGCCGGGUUCAACAUGUUUGGAUCUGGGGGAGCAGGAGGAAUGGGUGGGGACUUUGGACAGAUGCAACGCCAAAUGCAGCAGCAAAUGAGGGACAACCCGCAGCUGUUGCGACAGAUAAUGGACGACCCGAUGGUGCAGAGCAUGAUGAGUAACCCGGACUUAAUGAGAAACCUCAUGAUGAGCAAUCCACAGAUGCAGCAGGUCAUCCAGCAAAACCCCGAGAUAAACCACCUGCUGAACAACCCGAGUCUUAUGAGGCAGACAAUGGAGAUUGCGAGGAACCCUGCAAUGAGGGACGAGAUGAUUCGACACCAGGAUAGAGCCAUGUCAAACCUCGAGAAUCUACCAGGGGGCUUCGACGCCCUCUCUCGACUAUUCAACGACGUCCAGGAACCAAUGCUAAACGCUGCUCAAGAACAGUUCGGAGGCAGCAAUCCCUUCGCAGCUCUGGCCGAAAAUAAUACCAAUUCCAUAAACAGCCAACAAGGUAGAGAAAACAACGAACCCUUGCCCAAUCCAUGGACAGGCGGCGGCGGAUCCACUGCAGCAGGAGCAACAACAACAAACUCUACUAGUCAAGGGUCUGCUGAUAGUGGAACGGGAGGCACAACUGGUACAGGACCUGGAUCUGGGGCUAAUUUGGCUAGUCUAUUCGGAGGAGCUGGAGGAAUGGGAGGUGGUCCGGACUUCUCGAGCUCACCGGGAAUGCAAAGCUACAUGCAGCAGAUGAUGUCGAAUCCUGAACUAAUGCAGCAAAUGAUGAGUUCACCGAUGGUUCAAAACAUGAUGCAACAGAUGAGUUCGAACCCGGCUAUGAUGCAGCAGAUGAUUGAUAAUAACCCCAUGUUGAGGAACAACCCGACGGCACGCGAACAGCUCACGUCGCAGAUGCAAAAUCCUGACAUGAUGCGUCUCAUGAGCGACCCAGAGUCCAUGGCAGAUCUGAUGAGUCUCCAACAGACCUUCCAAAGACUCUCCUCCAGAGCCCCCGGUCUGUUCAACCCUGCCGCGGGGGCGGGGCUGUCAGGCGCCGCAGCUACUACCCCUGGAACGACGGCACCAACAGGUACUGAUACGACCACUCAACCUGCCCCCGUCAACACGACCACCGGUGGCACUCCGAACCCGACUGCAUCUGCUGAUAUUUAUUCGAAUUUGGCACAGCAGUUUGCGCAAGCUAUGGCUACCCAGAAUCAAACGCCUCCUGAAGAGAGAUUCCGUCAACAAUUGGAGCAACUGCAAGCAAUGGGAUUCUUCAACAGGGAUGCCAACAUACAAGCCCUUGUGGCGAGCGGCGGAGACGUAAACGGAGCUGUCAACCGACUUCUCGGAGGGUAGAAGGCUGCAGUUGUUUUUAUCACACAACACGGGAAUGCUUAUGGAGCACUUGGGAUAACCUUGAAAAUAUACCCACAGAAGGACAACGUCAUUGAAAUGCAUAGACGAAAUCAUAAAAAAACUGAGUUAUCACGAUUUUAUUAUUAUUAUUAUUGACUGAAAAUUGUUUUAGGUUUUGAGAGUUAAAUUGUAGAAGUUGCUAAUACAUAUUGAUAUUGCUAUAAUAGAUUCGAAAUACAUUGCAUUUAAUGCUCGUGUUAUACUAUGCUAUCAAUAUUUUUCACAAUGGAGUGUCAUUUUUGGUGUUGAUAUCAGAAAAGGUUUCGAUGAAUCACAUUUUGUUAAUUUGAAAUAGAUUGAAAAAGUGCCGAGAAAAAGUGACAUUUCAGCUUAGAUUUUUUGUUCCCUUUCAUGACUAUUUUGCAGUUCUGCUGCUGUCCUUGUGCUAAAUAGUAUCCUUCAAUUUUUUUCAAAUUCGCCUGUUAAAUGCUUGUUUUGUCUGCACUUAGAUGCGAAGUUUUGCCAGAAAAUUGAAAAUAAUUUUCCUCUGUUGAAAUUAAGUUUAGGUUGCUAAAACAAACAGAAAUAUAGCAGUGAAAUAUAGGCUUUGUAUUGCGUUCUCAGCCGGGAAACCUAAAUAAGUGUAUCAUCAUUAAAUAAGCGGGAAUGAAAUAACCAAGAAAAAAUCUACCCUCGAGCUUUUAUAUUUGCAGUGUCAAUUCAGCGAUGAUAAGUUUUUAUCUCUUCGUUUCCUUGUCCAAAUCAAUAAUUUUGUCAUAAUCCGCCGGUGAAUGUGUAUGUUGCCAUCCUUAAAUUGCUGUUUAUAUAACAAAUUUCAAAGAUAUUAAAUCCUCGAUCAUUUAAUUUAGCAUAUUGAUUAUCCA